AUGUCAUUAAGUUGUUCCAAACUAGCGCAACGUAAUGAAAUCGAAAGCAGCAAGCACGUCCAGUCUUUGGUCAUCAAAUUUGUUAUGAGUGAAGAGAAUACAGAGGAGAAACCGGAACAAGCGCCGGUUCUGCUGCCACAGAAUGUGGACGCUAAGACAAAACAAGACUCGGUGAAUGUUGAAUGUCAGCAGAAGGAGGAGGAGGAGGAGAAGACAGAAGAACAUGAGGAAGAAAUGCGACAGCAGGAAGAAGUGACAAAGGCGAUUGAGAAGAAUAAAAAAACACCACCAAAGACACAUACCACCAAUGUUAAUCGGAUGCCUAAACAAGAGAUGUCGGUCGCGAAAAGAAAACUCGAAAUCCUUCAAAAUGAUCCAGCUUCUCGAAAGAAUAAAAAGGCCCGCGUCUCGGCAACCAGCAUUAAGUCGAAAAAGGACACCAAAAAGACUCCAACAAAGCAAGAGUUUUCGUUUGCAAGACCUACAGCUUCUUCUGCAAGUCGAACCGCUGCUGUUGUCAAGGCUACACCGACGCCUCCGCCUAUUCGAAAACCUUCUUAUACCAAGAAGUCACCGGCUCUCACUCAGCGCUUGUCGACACAUGCUCCCAAGACUCCGGUAAUUGCUAAUAAGGCAUCGCGUUCCAAGUUCAAUUAUACACCGUAUACUGGCCCAUUGCCGCCAUUGACCGUCCAAUCUAGCUUUGCACCGAAAGAUUCCCGAAGUGCUGGCCACGGGGUGCGUACAGGGACGAAAGUGGUACGAAAAGCCGAGGCAAAGCCUGUAGUAAGGAAAAGCAAAACCAGGUCAGGAACAGUGACACCAUGA